AUGGAAGAAGAGCUUUUGGACAAUGGAAGUGGAGAAACAGAACAAAGACCAAAUGGAGGUGGCGGCGACGAAGGCGACGCAUUGGGAAGUCACGAUUUCUCACAGGGUGCACGAUAUGCACGUAUGCCUACCGAAAGAAACGCUCCGUAUUAUAACAUGAACCAUAAGAAACGCGGCAUAGCGAUUAUUUUUAACCACGAAACCUUCAACAUCCAUAGCUUAAAACCACGCACUGGAACCAACGUAGACAGUAACAAUCUCCUCAAAGUACUUCAGGGCCUAGGAUUUGCCGUAACGGUUGUAAAUAAUCGCACGUCCAGCGAGGUCCACAGUUAUGUUCAGCAGAUUGCAGAAUUAGAUCAUACUGACCAUGACUGCCUUCUCAUUGCUGUAUUAACGCACGGGGAGUUGGGUUUAUUAUAUGCUAAAGAUACUCAUUAUAAACCAGAUAACCUGUGGUCCCAUUUCACUGCUGAUAAAUGCCCCUCACUUGCUGGUAAACCAAAGAUAUUCUUUAUACAAGCUUGUCAAGGCGAUAAAUUAGAUCCAGGUAUCACACUUAACAGAACAGAAACUGAUGGGCUGUCUUCAUCUUCAUAUAAAAUUCCUAUCCAUGCAGACUUUUUGAUUGUAUUCUCAACAGUUCCUGGAUAUUACUCCUGGAGGAAUACUACUCGUGGCUCAUGGUUCAUGCAAGCAUUGUGUGAUGAGUUGCGUCAUUCAGGUACGAAGCGAGAUAUCUUGACUUUAUUGACUUUUGUGAGUCAACGAGUAGCAUUGGACUUUGAAUCAAAUACCCCUGAUAUAACUCCUAUGCAUCAGCAAAAGCAGGUUCCUUGUAUUACAAGUAUGCUUACUCGUCUUCUUGUGUUUGGUGAAAAAGAGCAAUCCUAG